GCCGAACCAUAAGCGCGACCGGACGUGCGAAAUACCAUACGGCGAGAGCCGCAGGUGAGGCACGUCGGAGCUUCCACACAUCGGACCCCCCCUCCUGCUCCGCCAACUGCUACACGAUGAAGCCGCUCGUCUGCUGGCAAAGCCUUUUCGCUGUUUUGUCUCUCUCGCUCUUCGACUACGGGAACUGCCAGCUGUACCGGCGGCUUCGUCUGGUGCCGCCGAUGAACGCAACCGCCGUCUGCCCGAACGUGGCCUGGGCCGGCGAGGAGGACUACGCCAGGACCGUCUGGUUCUUUCCGAACGGCAGCCGCGUCGUCAGCGGAGGGAGAACCGCCGUCGACGAAGCUCGCGGGGUGCUCGACGUCGUCGACCCGAGGAACGAGGACCUCGGAGUGUACAUGUGCGUCUCGCUCAGGGGCUCGGACACGGCCGAGGCGAACGCCACCCUGGCCUUCAUGGAGAUCUACAGCGCCCAGCGGAGGACGCUGGCGGAGAGGCUGUGGAUCGGAGGCCUGGCCUCGCUCUGCGUGCUGGUCGCGGUCGCGUUCGUGAGCCUCGUGAUGAAGUUCCGGUACCGACAGCCGCCAACCGACAAGCGGGCAGGAGCUCCCACGGACGUGAGCGAGGGAGUCGUGAACAAGAGGUUCGAGACCGACGAGAUGUCGACCGUUUUCUAAGCGCUUCUCGGGCUUCUCGGCUUAACCGACGAGGAGGAGGACGACGUCGGGGGGUCGUGGAUGUGUGGAGGAACGGCAUCGCCAGUAUACGCUCGAUAUGUGGCUUCUACGGGACAUUCAUUUUUAUUUGUAUUUUUUUACGUCUUUAUCUAUAUGUCAUAGGUGAGACACAUAAUACUCGUUCAGUCUCUUUUUUACCAGGGUCUCUGAAGCAAUUUUAUAUUUCCAGAAAACAAGGGACAAUUAAUGAUUAACUUAUUACUUGUUGAACAACUCGAUUCUCUUGUCUGUUUCGCAAUGCUUUAUUGUUUCUGUGUGCAGUGAACUGUAGACGUCGGUAGAAGUUCGUUAUUUCCAAUGUCAACAAGGAAAACACAAAACAGAGUGCAAAAAAGAAAAGCGCCUGCUUGCCUUGUUUACUUUCCUUGCGAAACAUUGAAAAUAUGUGGCAGAAGCGCAAGAUGCGAAAUGUUUCUGGAUUUAAGAGCUUUAUUAGUAUUUUGUACGUCCUAAGUGGAAAUGCUGAGUGAACCACACUGCAGUCUAACAUAUGCAAUUCAUUAUUACAGCGGAGGAUCAUUUGUAUUUUGCUGCUUCUGGGCAACCACUUGCAUAAUAAUCUUCCACUUCCUAUGUAGAUAUACUAUAUAUAACAGGAUGUGAUUAUGCCCCCUCCCCCUCCUUCAUUGAACAUCUCACGGCGUGCUUUCACUUCGGCCUGUUGAUGGCACAAUAGCUUGCGCAGUUGGCCUUGCAACACUUGUUAUUGGUGCAGUCGCUGUCAGUGCUGCAGCUCGGCAGCAUCUUCAUCAGGGCGCAUACGUGCAGCUUCUGUACUGAAGGCGGUAGGCAUACCUUAUCUGCGACACAGACACAAAAGGCAUGCCAUAAUCAAUCGUCGCGCAUGUCGCUCCAUGGGAACGGGGCGAUAAAGACACACCUCGGAGCCAGCACCAAAUGACUUUAUCAUUAAUGAACUGUAGGUUCUGGGUCGCCGCGUGUCGCGUGCAUUUGGGUCAGAAUGCAGCGAUCGCGCGGUCAAGAGUUGCACGAACGUUCGUCUAGUCAGGUAGCUCGCGCGUUAAGUUAGCGUCUGCAGUCAGUGGGGAAUUCCAGAGAGCGAGAGCAUUUAGAUGCUCACUCUAGUUGAUUGCAUGCAUCGAACGUAACACUGACUUCAGUUGAAUUAUGCAGGACGCGAUGUAACGGUUACCACUACAUCAGACUCUGGUAGCUGUCACUGUCCUUUGUUUAUUCAAAUGUAACUGGACUAUAAGAAUCAAUGUACUUGAUUGAUCCUGUGCGCGUGACACACCUCUCUUGUGCUGACACAUCUCCAAUGUACUGUGCCCGACACCCUGGGAAAAUAGGCGACGUGUAUGAGUUACAAAAGCAUGUAUAUAUUAUUGACUGCACGAAAGCCCGCUACUUCCUGCUUUGCACGGAUAUCAAAGCAUCUGUUAAUGCAGCUCGCCAAUUUGCGGGUUUCGAGAUUAGCGUUGCAUCGCCAGCUAACCUAAGUGGCCCGUACAGGUCACACAACCUGUCGGUCAAUGAGUCGCUGCUAGGCACCAAGAAGUGCAAGGUUUUUAUUCAUGAUGAGAUCAUGCUAUCUCUAGAACGUUUAGUGCUGUUGGAGUGUCCAUUUUCCAUACAGUGUGUCGCAAUUGUACUAAACAUUAAAAAAAAUGUGCCAGAAUACCACAGAUUUCUACACAUGUGUGGCCACAAGGUUUUGCGUUCAUUGGCGUGUUGUUAUUUAUCGCAGUAUUUCACAUCAUUUGUCCGUUUACGAAUAAAGUAAUCUUCAAAAAAAUACCUGGAAAUGCUUAGUCUUUUUAGUAGUGACCUUGCAGCUGCAUUGCACAAUUAAAAAUGCCAGCUUUGGAAAUAAUGGUUUAGCGUAUAUGUGUUCUCAGCGUUUACAAACACGCAAAAAAAAACUAUUUCUUUCUAUUCAUUUUACGUAGCAAUGCGGGCGAUUUUUGUACUAGUAAUGGGCUUAUCGUGCUCUUUGUUUCCCUCGGAAAAUAUUUUUCAAAACUUCAUUCAAUAUGAACUUUCGUAAUAGUGGUUCUUUCUAUGCAGUAAGCGUACGGGCCAGUGCUGUAGUCCAUUUUCAUGGUUUCCUGCAAAGACUCGAGUGAGAGAGCAGCUGUCUUCACCGAAUAAGUUCCACUUGGAUGAAAGCACUCCCGUUUCUCCGUCACGACGUCCUUUCCUCUAGCUUUGUGAGCGGAAAACCAUCGAGAAUGUUUCUGUAUAAUGCUACAACGGUUCGCGCAUUUAUUACGAUCAAGGUCUGUGCUCCGAAAUUCCCAUUUAUGCACUUAUCAAUACUUCCCCGGUGAUUAGGUGCAUUGUUUUACGUGUGCUGUGCCGUACUUGUAUAAUGCCGCUUAAUUUCAUAUAAAGGCUGACCCAAAUAUUUCGAUUUGUGCA